CGCUCCGACUACUCUCAAUCUCAAAAACCCUCUCUCUUUCUCAUCCAUACUACACAAACAAAACCCAAAUCAAUCUUCUCUUCGAUCUCUCACAUUAAUAACUCUAAACCAGUGAAACUGAGAAUCCAAGAGUAGCAUUGAGGAUGAGGAACUUGUUCUUCAGAUCAGCAUCUCCAUCACCCUCAAACUCUCCAUCCAGAGGCAGCACUAUACCACCUUCCUCACCACGCCACAGCUUCUCCGACUCGUUGAUGGAGGAGAACAUAGAAAUCGCUCAGACCCUCAUCACGAAAUGGGACUCCGACGACGACUCAUCUUACACUGUGCUCACCUCCCUCUUCCGCGACGACCGCAGCGAGGCCCGGUUGUAUCUCAAAUGCGUCCGGGACUUACAGUCGGCCAUGCACCAUUUCGUUAAUUCUCAAGACACCAGCGCCGAGAAGCUCAUUACUGCCCAGACUUUGAUGCAGGCGGCCAUGAAGAGACUCCAGAAGGAAUUCUACUUGAUUUUGUCGGAUAACAGAGAGAAUCUGGACGCCGAGACGGUGUCGUCCAGAGCCUCCACAGCUCGGUCCAGCGUUUCCGAUUUGGAAUCCGAGUCGGAGGAGGAGUCGACUCUUCUAGAUGGGGAGCCAAUUGCAACUGUCGCUAUGGAGGAUUUGAAAUCCAUUGCCGACUGUAUGAUAUCCGCCGGUUAUGGAAAAGAGUGUGUCAAGAUAUACAAGAUCAUCAGAAAAUCGAUUAUAGAUGAAGCACUGUACCAUCGCGGAGUCGAGAAGCUGAGCCUCUCUCAGGUUCAGAAGAUGGACUGGAAUGUACUCGAGACCAAAAUCAAGAACUGGCUCAACGCCGUCAAAGUCGCCGUGAAAACUCAUUUCUACGGUGAGAGGCUACUCUGCGACUACGUCUUCUCUUCCUCUCAUUCCAUAAGGGAGUCUUGCUUCACCGAGAUUUCCAAAGAGGCCGCCACAACACUGUUCAGCUUCCCGGAACUGGUGGCGAAAUGCAAGAAAUCUCCGGAGAAAAUGUUCCGGACUCUCGACUUGUACCAGGCAAUAUCCGACCACUGGCCGGAAAUAGAGUCCAUAUUCUCAUUCGAGUCGACCUCGGCCAUCCGAUCCUUGGGUGUCAACUCCCUCAUCAAGCUCGGCGAGGCCGUCCGGACUAUGCUCGAGGAUUUCGAAGCUGCCGUUCAGAAGGACCCUUCCAAAAUCGCCGUCCCGGCCGGUGGGGUCCACCCUCUCACGCGUUAUGUCAUGAAUUACAUCACUUUCCUAACCGACUACACCGAAAUACUCUUGGAUAUUUUUGCUGACUUCCCCUUGACGCUUCAGACGCCUUUGCCGGAAGCCUACUUCGACUGCAACGACGUCGACGAGUCAUCACCGAUUUCAGUACGGAUAGCCUGGCUGGUUCUUGUUUUGCUCUGCAAGCUCGACGGCAAGGCCAAGCUGUACAAGGAUGUGGCGCUUUCAUAUUUGUUCUUAGCCAAUAACUUGCAAUAUGUUGUCGCUAAGGUUCUCAACUCCAAUCUCAAGUACUUGCUCGGAGACUAUUGGAUCGGCAAGCACGAGUCCAAGGUUAAGCAAUACGCCGGAAACUACGAGCGGAUGGGAUGGAGCAAGGUUUAUGCUUCAUUGCCGGAAAAUCCAACGGCUGAGAUUUCUUCCGACCAGGCCAAAAAAUUCUUCCAGCAAUUCAAGGCAGCCUUUGAAGAAGUGUACAAGAAGCAAUCUUCAUGGGUUGUGACCGACCCGAAACUCCGAGACGAGCUGAAGGUUUCGGUGGCGAGGAAGCUGGUGCCGGUUUACCAGAAGUUUUACGAGAUGCACAGAGUCGGGUUGAGGAGGGAGUGCGGAGUGGACUCCUUGGUCAGAUAUGCCCCUGAGAAUUUAGACAAUUACCUGUCGGAUUUGUUGUAUGGGGCCUCAGGUGGAGGGAGCAUUUCCUUAUCUUCAUCAACGUCGUCGUCGAAGUCGCAUGGUCAUUGAGACGCUAAGGUCGCCUGCCGGCCGUUUUGGAAUGAUUCGUGAAUAUUAGGAAAUAUUAAUUAAGACAAAAGGAAAAGUUGUAAAGAUAUAUUAUACAAUGUGCAUGGCAUAU